UAUAAAUUCAUGGUAACUUAUACUCUGAUCAUAUAUACAAAUUGGAUUUCUUUCCUUACUAAACUUCAUGGAGAAUUCCACCAUCCUUGUUUUUCUGUUUAUCACAAUUGCUACCAUUAGCGCUACAAGUUUUUGCAUUGCAAGCACUGACAAGAUUUGCAAAGAGAGUGAGAGGCAAGCUCUAUUGAGAUUUAAGGAAGAUCUCAAAGAUCCCAUGAACAGCCUUUCCAAUUGGGUUGGCAAUGGAGAUUGUUGCAGCUGGACCGCUGUUGCUUGCGAUAACUCAACCGGUCAUGUCCAUGAGAUCCAUGUUAGUUCUCUCAACUUUAAUUCCUAUUACGAGUAUCAUGUUGUUUUGAAAUAUGGGUUGGGUGGUAAUAUAAAUCCAUCUUUAUUAGAAUUAAAGCAUCUCAAACACUUGGACCUAAGUAGAAACAAUUUUAAAGGGAUUCCAAUUCCUAGCUUCAUUGGUUCCAUUCAAAGUCUAAUAUAUCUUAACCUCUCUUUUUCUGGAUUUGGAGGAAUAAUCCCUCAUCAGCUAGGAAAUCUCUCAAGUCUCUGCUAUCUGAAUUUUGAAAAUUAUUAUGGAAAUGAUUUGAAGGUUGAGAACCUUCAAUGGAUUUCUAGCCUUUCUUCGCUGCAGUACCUGGAGAUGACAGGGAUCAUUCUCAGCAAAGUGCAUGAUUGGUUUCAGGUGAUAAACAUGCUCCCUUCUUUGGAAGAGUUACACCUGUCUCAUUGUCAACUCCAACAUCAUUUUUCUCCUCUAUCUGUGAUAAACUCGACAUCAUUACUUGUUACCCUUGAUCUUUCCUACAACUACGACUUAGGCCCUUUGAUGCCCAUGUGGCUAUUCAGUCUCACCAAUCUAGAAUCCCUUAAUCUACGAUAUGAUGAUUUCAAAGGACCUAUUCCAUCUGGUCUUACCAAUUUGACUCAUCUCAAAAUUCUUGACAUGAGUGGAAAUCCUUUCAAUUCUACCUUCCCACCAUGGAUGUGUGGUUUUAAACAUCUGGAGUACCUUGAUCUUUCUUCUACAGAUUUGAAGGGUAAUAUUCCAAGUGCGAUUGGAAACUUGUCAUCCCUUAACACUCUUCGGUUGUCAAAUAGUCAUCUUGAAGGGAAGUUGCCAAACUCAUUGGGAAGCCUUUGCAAGUUGAGGGAACUUAUACUUUACAAUAACACUCUCAGCGGAGCGGUAUCGGAAAUUUUCAGAAGAUUUCGCAGGUGCAAUAUUGUUGCUUUGAAAAAGUUAGAUUUGAGCUACAACCAACUCUCAGGUCAACUCACAGACUCAUUAGGAAAACUGUCGAGCUUACAGAAAUUUUAUGUUUCCAACAAUCGGUUAAAUGGAAGUCUUCUUGAAAAUAUUGGUCAACUCGUAAAUCUUGAAUGGCUGGAUAUAUCGCAUAAUUCGUUAGAAGGUGUGGUUUCUAAAGUUCACUUUAUUAAUCUUACAAGACUAAAGGAGUUUUGUGCGCAUAAAAACUCGUUGACAAUGAAGACAAGUCCAUACUGGCUCCCUCCUUUUCAACUUGAAAACUUGAAUCUGAAUGAUUGGCAUUUGGGCCAACAAUUACCCCAUUGGAUUCAGCAGCAAGAAAAUUUGUUGGAGUUACAAAUAUCCAAUACUGGAAUUUCAGGUAACAUUCCCUCUUGGUUUUGUAACUUUUCUUGUCACCUAUAUUAUCUGAACCUUUCUCACAAUAAGUUUCAUGGGGUUUUUCCCUGUACAAAUCAAUCUUGGUCAACAAUUGAUCUCAGUUUUAACCAAUUCAAUGGGUUGUUGCCACUUGUCUCUUCGAAAAUACAAAUGGUGGAUUUUUCCAAUAAUUUAUUUUCUGGAUCAGUCUUUCACUUUUUCUGUAACAAGAAUAACUUUUUGAGGUCAGGAUAUGUUGACCUGGGAAACAAUCUGCUCUUUGGAAAAAUUCCAAAAUGUUGGAUGAAAUGGAAACACUUGGAGAUUUUAAAUCUUCAAAACAACAAUUUGUCUGGGGUUAUUCCUAGCUCUAUGGGAUAUCUGACUAACCUUUUUUGGUUGCAAUUGCGCAAUAAUAAUCUGCAUGGUGAAUUUCCUUUGUCCCUGCGAAAGUGUAGAAACUUGGGGGUUCUUGACCUAAGUGAAAAUAAAUUUAUUGGAAAGAUACCUAAGUCUAUAUGGAUAAGUUUGCGAUGGUUGGUGGCUAUUAACCUUCGUUCCAAUAAAUUUCAUGGUGAAAUUCCUUUGGAACUCUGCUCCCUUGUAGGCCUUCAAAUACUGGAUCUUUCACAUAAUAAUUGCUCAGGAACAAUACCAAGAUGUUUUUAUAAUUUGAGUGCUAUGACCACCUUGCACAAUUCAGAUUACCCCUCUUUGACUAUCCUAUCUUUUGGCGAUAUAUAUGGCUUAAUGGCGGAAGUCACGGUGGUGACAAAAGGGAGGGAAGUUGAAUACAGCAGUGUGCUUAAAUUUGUAAAAAGCAUGGAUCUUUCAAGCAACAAUCUUUCUGGAGAGAUCCCCGUGGAGCUAACUAGCCUUCAAUUGCAAACACUAAAUUUGUCAAACAAUCAUUUGGUAGGAAAAGUUCCAUCAAAGAUUGGUAACAUGAGAUGGCUAGAAUCUUUGGAUCUGUCAAAAAACCAACUAUCUGGCACUAUACCUCUAAGCAUCUCGAGUUUAACAUUUCUAAGUUACUUGAAUCUCUCUUACAACAAUUUCACAGGGUCGAUUCCGACAAGUACUCAGCUUCAAAGCUUCAAUGAGUCCAGCUUUAUUGGUAAUCAACUUUGCGGACCUCCCCUUCAACAAAAUUGCUCAGUAAGUGAUCCAGCAAUUCCACAUGGAGAUAAACAAGGUGAUGAUGAAGAUAGUUUACAAGAAGAAAAUUACUUGUAUUUGAGCUUGGGACUUGGAUUUGCUUUCGGCUUUUGGGGUGUACUGGCUUCUUUGCUCUUUAAUGUGCCUUGGAAUAUGGCCUUUUGUGCGUUCCUAGAUAGGAUUGUACUAAGACUUUAUGGUGCUAGAUUGUAGUAAGAAUCUAUGGUGCAAUGUGUUAGGAGUUUUUGUAAUUUAUGCUUUGGUAUGUUAAUGUUUUAUGCGUGUUUGUG